AUGAGGCUGGAGAAUGGCACUUUCACUUCUGACUUCCUUCUCGUGGGCUUCAGUGACCACCCGGCACUUCAGCAUGUGCUGUUUGCUGUGUUCCUUUCCAUUUACUCUGCCACCCUGAUGGGGAAUUGUGACAUGGUCGUGCUAAUCACAUUCAGUUCCCACUUGCACACCCCGAUGUACUUUUUUCUCUGUGUGCUCUCCUUCGUGGAUAUGAGCUACUCUUCUGUCAUUGCCCCCAAAUUGCUUGUGAACUUGAUAUCUGAUGUGAAGACCAUUUCUUACAACGGCUGUGCUGCACAGUUAUAUUUUUUCUGCUCUUUGGUUGACACAGAAUCUUUCCUGUUGGCUGCCAUGGCGUAUGACAGGUACACAGCAAUUUGCAACCCCUUGCUUUACAGCAUUAUUAUGUCCAAGAGGCUUUGUUGCCAGCUUGCACUUGGAGCCUUUUUGGGGGGGACCAUAAGUUCAAUUAUUCACACCACUAAUACUUUCCUUCUAGACUUCUGCUCCAAGGAAAUAAACCAUUUCUUCUGUGAUAUUUCUCCACUUUUCUCUUUGUCCUGCACUGAUACAUCCAUGCAUGACAUCAUUCUGGUGGUGUUUGCUAGUUUAGUGGAAGCUAUUUGUCUUCUAACAGUUCUCCUGUCUUAUAUUUGUAUUAUAGUAGCCAUCCUUAAAACAGGGUCAGCAGAAGGAAGAAGGAAAGGAUUCUCCACCUGUGCUUCACACCUGGUGGUGGUCACUAUUUAUCACGGCACGCUGAUCUUCAUUUACUUGCGCCCCAGUGUGGGCCGUUCAAUGGACACUGACAAAGUGACUUCUGUGUUCUAUACACUGAUUAUACCCAUGCUGAACCCCCUCAUUUACAGCCUACGAAACAAGGAUGUCAAGAAUGCCUUGAGAAAAAUGAUUAACCACAAAAGCCUAUCAUAA